CAGCCAUAACAGAUUGAUAUCUCAUUUUUAUCUUCCAAUGUGGUUGCUCAGUGGGAGGGACUUGCAGAUAAUGCGCCUCUCUUCCAGCUUCUGUCAUUCUGUGGGUAUUGUUUGUUGUCAUAAAGAUGGAGUUCUUACUGGGCAAUCCGUACAGCACUCCUGUGGGCCAGUGCUUAGAGAAGGCCACGGAUGGCGGCCUGCAGGCUGAGGACUGGACCCUCAACAUGGAGAUCUGUGACAUCAUCAAUGAGACGGAGGAAGGGCCUAAAGAUGCCAUCCGGGCGCUGAAGAAGAGACUGAGUGGGAACAGGAACUACCGGGAGGUGAUGCUAGGAUUGACGGUGCUGGAGACGUGUGUAAAGAACUGCGGCCACCGGUUUCAUGUCCUCGUGGCUAACCGGGACUUCAUUGAUGGUGUCCUCGUCAAAAUCAUCUCCCCCAAAACCAACCCCCCCACCAUCGUACAGGACAAAGUCCUGGCUCUGAUCCAGGCCUGGGCGGAUGCCUUCAGGAGUAGUCCUGACCUGACGGGGGUGGUCCAUAUUUAUGAGGAGCUGAAGAGGAAAGGCAUCGAGUUCCCCAUGGCUGACCUGGACACUCUGUCACCCAUCCACACACCACAGAGGGGUCUACCAGAGGUGGACCCAGCUGUACUAAAGUACAAAGCCCCCAUCCAGCCCCAUACUGCAGCCACAGCCACCCUCCCUAAGCCUGCAGCCGCCCCGGCUCUGGCCCCGGCCCCCCUCACCCCCAUCCUACAGAUACCACACAUCCCCAACGUACAGGGCCCCAUCACCGCCAACCCUGAACAGAUCGCCCGGCUGCGCAGUGAACUGGACAUUGUGAGGGGAAACACCAAAGUGAUGUCAGAGAUGCUGACUGAGAUGGUGCCUGGACAGGAGGACUCCUCGGACCUGGAACUCCUUCAGGAGCUGAACAGGACGUGCAGGGCCAUGCAGCAGCGGGUGGUGGAGCUGAUCUCCCGGGUCUCCAACGAGGAGGUGACAGAGGAGCUGCUGCACGUCAACGACGACCUCAACAACAUCUUCCUACGAUACGAGAGGUAUGAGAGGUACCGGUCGGGCAGAGCGGCUCAGAACAACGGGAUGCUGAGUGAAGCCACAGAGGACAACCUGAUAGACCUAACGCCAGGCUCACCCGCUGUGGUCAGCCUCCGAGCCACCUCCACACCCCCGUCCAGCAUCCCCCCUGUGACCGCCCCGAGGGCUGGGGCUACAGCCUCCCCUGCCCGGACCCUGAUCCAAGACCCUACCUCUGGUCCCUCAAGUCUGUCCACUCAGCUCGCCGGCCUGGAUGUGGGUGGGGUUAGUGUCAGUGGUACCCUGUCCUCUCUGUCGGGCCACAACCCUGGAGACGACUUUGACAUGUUUGCUCAGACCAGGACCAGCUCUCUGGCAGAUCAACGCAAAAAUGUGAAGUACGAGGACCCUCGAGCCCUGGGUGGGCUUGCCUCAGCUCUGGACGUCAGACAACAGAACGCCACUGGAGGGCUGAGGGUCAUAGGGGAUGAUAACCCAGAGUUGGAGCUGCCCAUAGACAGCUGGCUUAUUACCCAAGGAAUGAUCCCCGUAUCGCAGUCCUCUGUCAUGGAUGACAUAGAGGAGUGGCUCUGUGCUGAUGUGAAAGGCGAUGGUUUAGAUGGUGAGGAAGGGGUGACGAGUGAAGAGUUUGAUAAGUUUCUGGAGGAUCGAGCGAAGGUGGUCGAUUCCUUACCAUCGCUCCCUGGUGAUGAGCCUGGUCCCCCUCUCAGCGCCCCCAGUGGCACCCGCAAGAAGGCUGAACGGACGGAGGAUGCCCUCUUUGCCUUGUAGACUCUCCCCCAGGAAACCUCUCUCUCUGAGGCAUCUGCAGUACCUAGGUAUCCCCUAUCCGCCACUCCUGCCAAGCAGCAGUGUAGCUACUGAACUGAACACCAAUCCUCCUCCUGCAGAGGACCAUGCUUGCUGUCUGCCUGCCCAGCCGCGUUGCAUCAUGUAUUACUACUGAGGUUUUGAUCCGUCUGUCAGUGUGGGAUGUGUCUGUCGUCUGGUAUCUCAUCUGCAGCUAGCUAUCCUACGGAGGAUAUAACCUAACAUUGUGAGGAUGAGGAUAAAAUGACAAAACCUCGUCUUUAUGUUCCUCUGAAGGUGUGAAAGUUAACAGAAAAUCCUUCUGAAAAAGCAGACCGAGGCAUAUAGUCUAUACAAACAGAGGAGUACUGUGUUAUUUUAAUAAAUGUAGCUUAUGAAUAAUUUAUGCAUUCAUUCUUUUAACAGUUUGUACUGUACUAUGUACUAGCGCUGCUCUCUGUAGUUCUCUUUUUUAUUAUUUACUCAUGUUCCUUUUUAGGUUUCCUUAACCCUUUCAUUACCCAUUCUAUAGUUGUGAAAUGUUGGUACAGGGAAAGGCAAUGCAUGAGGAAAGACUACUGUUUGACAGACUCCAUGCUAGUGUUACUCAAUUAUGGCACAAUGGUUCUGCAGGGCCAAAUAGCAAACACUACUUACCUGUAUCUGUUGAUCUCCACAUUUCAAAAGGGAGAAGGAAAAAAUAUAUACAGCUGCAAGCAGCCAUGUCAAGGUUCAAGCCCUAUGGCACCACAGCAAAUAUCUGUCACACAGCUUUUAUAUUUGCUUUCCUCUUUGAAAAGCUGUCAACUUCCCUCCAUGUUAUCUAUAUGGUGUGUACAGACUGUAGGGAAGGAAAGGGUCCAAAAUAGUCUUUUCAAUCAGAACCUAAGUAACACCCACUAAAUAUUUCUGAUCGAUGUUAUACUGGGGCGGCAGGGUAGCCUAGUGGUCAGAGCGUUGGACCGAAAGGUUGCAAGUUCGAAUCCCCGAGCUGACAAGGUACAAAUCUGUUGUUCUGCCACUGACCAGGCAGUUAACCCACUGUUAAUAGGCCGUCAUUGAAAAUAAGAAUUUGUUCUUAACUGACUUGCCUAGUAAAAUUAAAAUUAAAUACAGGGGGUACCGGUACUAUACAUUGACUCGUUACCGUUACCCCCUGUAUAUAGCCUCGUUAUUGUUACUUUAUUGUUGCUCUUUUUUAUUUUUUACUUUAGUUCAUUUAGUAAAUAUUUUUCUUAACUCUUAUUUUUCAUAAAACUGCAUUGUUGGUUCAGGGCUUGUAAAUAAGCAUUUCACAGUAAGGUCUACACCUGUUGUAUUCGGCGCAUGUGACAAAUGGAAAGUGAUUAGUACUACCACGACAACGGUUAAACAGCCAUAUGAGUUGCAGCGGUGACUUCCUCUCUGGUACUACCUGUACACUAUGUCAGUGUAGCGAUUCUGAGUUCUUCCAAAGACUUUUUAAUGACAAACUCAUUUAGUAAUUGUUUAUUAGAGGGGGUUGGUGGCACCUUAAUUGGGAAGGGCGGGAAAGUGGUAAUGGCUGGAGCGGAAUAAGUGGAAAGGUAUCAACAACAUCAAACACAUGGUUUCCAUGUGUUUAAUGCCAUUCAAUUAGCUUCUUUCCAGCCCCUCAGCAGCCUCCACUGGUGUCUUCUGAUAUUGGGCUAUUCUUCAAUGUUUUCCUUCCCCUUCUACCAUGAGACCAAUUUCAUGAACUUUAUGCACUUUUGGACCCUUGAACGUUUCGGUAUGUUUAUCCUUGUGUUAAAAAGAUGGGUACUGUUUUUAUAGGACACAAGACAUUUUCUUAGACUAAUUGCAUAUGAUUUUUUAUCUUUAUGAAAUUUCAGCCCUUUUCUGCUCUACAAAGCACACUUUACAGACAGUCGUAAAUAGAAAAACGGACACUUUUUCCUGAUAUGGAAAUUAAAGGAAUAGUGCAGGUGAAAUAUGGCACUGAAAAUCGAAUCAAAUUGUAAAUUUAUGAUGGCGUAUUGGUAGCAUGCUUCACAGAAAAGAGUUAUUGCAAACGCUUAUACAUGUAGUUAUUGUAAUAAAAAAAUGUACGUAUGUUUACAUAAAUAUAUGUAUAUACAUCAGAAAUAUGUGAGUAUUACCUGCAGUACAUGUUUAAAAGUCCAACUGAAUUAUUAUCUUUUUUGUAGUUCGCCUAGUCGAAAGGCUAACUCAUUAAUGUAUUGUUUGGUCUCCUGGUUGUAUAUGUACAGUAAUGUCAUGCAGGAAAAUGAAUUCCUCCCAGAUCCUUUCUACUUUGGGGAAGCUCCCCUGCUCUCCUCUCUUUACACCUACAUGUGUGGAACAGAAAUAGGUUUGGAUGUGCUUCGGAAGGAUGACCAAAAACGUUAUUUUUACCGUGUUUUAUGUGUUUUUACUGUGGUCUAAAUUGUCUGGUAAAGCUUCCUGUCUUUUAUUUUUGAGGAUUACAGUGGGUGGUAGCUGUGGGCUGUGACUCUGCUAGUGGGACUGCCCCUUUUAACCUGUUAACAUUCUAUUUUACUUUGCUUACCUACAGUAGGUAAUGGAGUUAGAUGAGGGCAUAACAUUCUCUUCCUGUUGUCAGGAAAAUAUGGGCUACAGACCUUUUGAGGCAAAAGAGUAUCGUUCUUCAUUUCAACUCUUUUGCCAGUACUUUUCAAAGUUAAUGCUUAUAAAGCUUCUACAAUUAACACCAAAUGAAUAACUACAAAACGCCAUGACAUUUCACUUCAAUAGGAACUAUGUGUUUACUUGCAAGUAUCCUUAUAUACUUAUCAAAGUUAUGUGUAUUAUACUGUAAAUGAGAUACUCAAAUAAGUAAAAAAAGACCUUACUGUAUUUUAUUUAAAAACAUCUGCUUCCAGAUCAAACAUUAUUUGUAAUAAUCAUUUAUAAAUGUUAGAGGGUGAUAUUACAAACAAGUACAUUAUUUGUAUGAUUUGUCUUGGGCAUUAAUGUUUGAAUGUGUUUUAGAAUACUGUAACAGAAUAAACUGUUAUUAAUGCGCUUUAA